UGGUGACGUAUCAGCUAAACAGGAAGGUGUGGGAAAGGUGAGAGGGAAAACUCGAAAUUGAUGGUGAAUAACGGAGGAAUUAGAAAGUUCAGGCAUCAGGUUUUCAUUUUGGUUUCUGUUAAUGUGGCUGCAUUUUUAUUGUAAAUCAAAUUCGGGGAGUAUUGCAUUUGGAGGAAUCUUGUCACCCGCUACUUCAUAAGGCUGCAGCCGAUUUCGUCUUUAAAUUAAGCCCAGUUGUAAGUGUUGCGAAUCUGGAUCAAAAACGGAAAAUGCUGGAAAUACUCAACAACUCAUGCAACAUCUGUAGAGCGAAAAGCAGAAUUAGCGUUUGAGCUCUGGAAAAUGGACUUCACUGAGGCAUACUCUAAUACAUGUUCAGCUGCUGGUUUUGCUGCAAGAAAAGGAAAUGUAGAACUUUUGAAGGCUUUGAUUCAAAAAGGUCAUAGUCUUGAUAUUGCAGACAACCGUGGUUGGUGUCCAAUCCAUGAAGCCGCAACUCACAAAUCUUUGAGAUGUUUGAGGCUUUUAAUACAUGCAGCUUCGUCAACUCCAUGCAUCGAAUUAAAGACUUUUGAAGGCGAAACAGCACUACACCUUGCUGCUAAAUGUGGCCAUUUAAAAAUUGUUCAGAUUCUGCUAAAGGCUGGGGCAGAUCCGAAUGCCGUCACUAAUGAAAACAUAACACCACUUUUUUUAGCUACCGAGAAAGGCCACAUUGCUGUUGCAAGGACACUUCUAAGGCAUGGAGCAAGAAUUAAUGGACCCCAUUCUGCGUGUUUAUGGAGUGUUCUGCAUCAAGCAGCUUAUCAGGAACACUUAGACAUAUUGAUGCUCUUGCUUGAAAAAGGGGCUGAUAAAGAAGCCAGGGACGAUUAUGGAAUUACACCAUUGUUUCUUGCUGCUCAGUAUGGAAAGCUGGAAAGUCUAAGAGUUCUUCUACAACAUGGAACCUCAUGCCAUUUGAUUUUUUUGAGUGGUAGUAAUGUUAAUUGCCAGGCCUUUGAUAAGGCCACACCAUUGUUCAUAGCAGCUCAGGAAGGCCAUACAGAAUGUGUUGAACUUCUGUUGUCAAAUGGAGCUGAUACAAACCUCUCCUGCAGUGAAGAUGAUUGGCAGUUGCCCAUUCAUGCUGCUGCCCAGAUGGGAAAAGUCAAGGUGCUGGAAUUCUUAAUACCAAUCACUGAUCGAAUAUGUGAUACAGGGAGGAAUAAGGUGAGCCCAGUCUAUUCAGCGGUGUAUGGAGGACAGCAAAUGUGUUUAAAAAUGUUACUACAGGCAGGCUACAGUCCUAACGCCCAGGAGUGCCCAUUGUAUGAGUGUCUAUCGCCAUUGUGCAUGGCUUUUUCUCGGAGAUUUUUCGCAAUUGUUUAUAUCCUCCUUAAAGCUGGAGCUGUUGUAACAGGUCUUCAUUAUUGUUAUUGCCUGCAAUAUCAGAGCUUCCAUUUGCUGCAGUUUCUUCUGGCACAGGGUUACAUAUUGCCAUCGGGCCAUCAUUUGGCUGACAUUGCAAAGUAUGGAUUAUCAUCAGAACAUCAGUUUAAGCAUUGGCUGCCUCAUCUAUUACUGGCUGGAUUGAAUCCUGUUGAUCUGCUUAGUGAAACAUGGUUGAAUACUGCCAAUGAUAACAUGCUUAACUUUACACUUGAGUUUACAAACUGGAAGAGACUUCCUUCGGUUGUGGGACAGAUUCUUUUCUGUCGCAGAGCAAACUCCACUUGGGUUCACCAGAAAUAUUUUGACGAUAUUCCUUCGUUGACACACCUCAGUCGUUUAAAGAUACGAUCAAUACUAAAAAGUGAAUACCUUCGUUCUGAUAAAUUUAUUCGACAGUUACCACUUCCAGCCUGCCUGCAUGAUUUUCUUCUUUAUAAAGAAGUUUUGAAAUUAUAUGACAUUCCAGAAAUUUCAGAGAUUCGAGAAGAAACACAAACAGAAAAUGAUUAUAUUGAAUAUUCAGAAGACUGAUCAGAGGAAAUGCCUGAUGUGUGGAAAGAAAACAAAAAUAUGGAAGAUUUGGUUGUCGUGUCUUAAUACUCAAGUUGUCAGUCAUCAUUAAACCUGCACAUGUAUAUCUCUGGCAGCUUGAGAGUUUAAUUUAGCGAUUCAGUUUCCUUAAUUAAACUUUUUGUUCAUCUAUUUGGAUUUAGGACCUGCCAUUGUAUGUUGUGAAAGAUGGACUGUGAGCAACACCUCUCAUUCAUAAUGCCACUGGAUUUUAUCUUUAAGUGUCAUAUCAGGGAGAGGUUCUUGCACAAUCUCUGUCCCAUGGCUGUCGCAUUUUUUUUUUAAAUGCCCCCCGGCCUUGUUUACUUCCAUAGUUGCUCAACAUCCUGCAGUACCUCAUCCAAGAAGCUGCCAUUCACUUGCAAGUCUUGACUGUGAAUCUUCACAGGCUGUUCAACUGAGAAUUAUUAUAGUUGAGUGUAAUUCUGUUCUCAGCCAAUAUUCAUAUAUGAGCGCUUUCUAAAAAGGGUGCUGGAUACUGGCAGAUUGAGGACCUUAUUCAGUUUUUCCCUUCUGUGCAUAGGCCAGUUGUAACACCCUUAUCACUGUUCUGACUGAAAUCAACUAAAGCAGCACAAGCUGUGCCGAAGCUGGGACUUUGCUGAUAUGUGUAGCUCAGUUGCUUAUAUAUAUGUACAGGCUCUUUAAAAGAGCUAUCCAAUUAGUCCCACUCUGCUCCUUCUCCAUAGUCGUGCAAAUCUUUCUCCUUCAAAUAUUUAUCCAAUUCCCUUUUGAAAAUUGCUGUUGAAUCUGGGUCCACCUCCCUUUCAGUCAGUCCAUUCCAGAUUAUCAUAACUCACUGUAACAUUUUGUUUGCUCAUGUUGCCUCUGAUUUUUACGCCAAUUGCCUUAAAUCUAUGUCCUCCAGUCACUGACCCUCUGCUACUGGGGAUUGUUUUCCCUUACCAAAAUCUUCAUGAUGUUUGAACACCUUUAUUAAAACACCCGUAAUCUUCUGUACUCUAAAAACAAUCCCUGCCUCUCUAUAUCUCCACAUAAUUGAACUCUUGCAUUCAUUGAUACCUCAACCCAAAUUAUCCCUGAUCACCAGAAUGGAAAAAUUUGAACUCCAUUUUUUUAGAUCUCACUACUCAUAUUUCUGACCCUGCCACAGCACUGAAAGAGCACUAAUCAAAGUCACAUGUGACUUCCCCUGUGAACUUGACUGUGAUGUAUUUUACCCCCAUCUCUGUGGAUAUGGUCAGUCACACUAUUCUUGUCCAAUGCCUCCUCAGUUAUGCAGCUCAGUGGGAGUGCCCUUGGUUGUUUUCACUCUUGCUUAUCAAAUCAUACCCAGAGCAUCUUCAGCAAUAGCAGUUAAUAACAAUAGCAAUAACCGUCUCUGCACCAUUCUUUUUGGAGUCCCCCAAAGAUCUGUUUUUUGGCCUUUCUUCAUCCUCAUCUACAUGCACCUCCUUAAUGAUAUCUGUACAGAGAUUUUGUGCUUAUCAAGAUAAGGGCUGUUAGUGCUGGGAAUGGAGCGGUUCCCAUUACAGGCACCGAGUAUCAGCACCCAAAAAAGACCUGCAUUUGCCUUUCAUGGCCCCAGGUUGUCCCAAAGCACCUUACAGCUAAUUAUGUAGUUUUGAAGUGUAGUCGCUGUUGUGAUGUAGGAACAUGGCAGCCAUUUUGCAUACAGCAAUAUCUCACAAACAGCAAUGUGAUGAUAACCAGACUGCUGACUUUUUCCAGGUAAUUCUGUUUUUGUUUUGGAUUUCCAGCAUCCGCAGUUUUUUGUUUUUAUCUUUUAGAGAUAUUGGUUGAGGAGUAAGUAUUGGCCAGGACAUCAGCGAUAGCUUCCCUGCUCUUUAGAAUAGUGCCAUGGGAUCUUUUACAUUUGCCUGAGAUUGCUUCAGUACUGCGCUGGAGUGUCAGCCUUGAUUUUUCUUUUUUUUAUUCAAGACCUGGCCUGGAAUUUGAACCUACAUCCUUCUGACUCAGUGUGAGAGUGCUACUAAGUGAGCCACAACUAACACAACUAAAUGUAGAGUCAUGCGCUCUCCACCCUGCCCUAACAGCAUAUAUCAACACCAACCUCAAAAGGACAUUCCCUACCACUCCAAUUCCAACACCUAUGCGCUUUCUUUACACUGGCACUAAUUUGUAAGAGUACAAAGGCGGUUUUGUGCUUUAGGCCCAUGUCCACUGGGAAUUGGAUUGAAACAUCCCAAACAUAUUGCACAUCAGGCCCUUAAAACCAGCAGAUUAAGGAGAAUUUUACCCCAUCUGUUUGAAAACAGACUGGGCUAGACUUGAACCCAGGAGGUGAAAGGCCAUUGUACCAUCCAAUUUCCCUUUUCAUUUUUGUGACAUUUAUCGUUUUGCGAUUAUUUUGUGCAUGAUAGCCAAGCAAAUAAUUUAAAAUCCAAGUACAGUAGCUAUUUAGCUGCUUAAAGGAACAUUGAGAUUGAUGUCUUUUGCUUGUCAGGAAAUUAAGUACACUUGUGAAACAAAUAAAUUAUGAGCCAUCACUAGACAGCUUAGCUCCAGCUUUGUAUUUUGUAUUGGCAGAUGGAAACUAAUUAAGGCUGGUGAUGGGAUAUUGUAUCAAAAAAAAAUUGAACAAUGGAACAGAAACAAUAUAAAUCCUAAAUAAAAUAUCUUCAACACAG